UAAAAUUAAUAAAUGCAGUGGAAUAUUUAUCUUUUCUCUUUAAUAAUUAUUAAAAUUUAAUUGAUAAUUUCAUAUCAGUUCCUUUAUUGUCUACGUUAUCUCAAUGUCGAUACAAUACCAUUGCAUUCUUUUUCUAUGAUUCAGCAUAAUUGCGCAAUUUUUUCUUGGUGACACAGCGUUUUCCGCCAUUAUUCCCAUUUAUGCAUGCUUAGUAUAACGAGCUUUCUUCAUUUUAAAUAAUUAUCAAAGCUCAACUUUAUGUGUAAAAAAUGAAAACAAUGAAUAAUUUUGCACUAAUAAAGGAUAGUGAAGGAUCCUAUCACGUCUACAAAUCUAAAAUAUUACAGAAAGAUGAAAAAAAUAGAGAAAAGUUUAUUUUAGAUAACAUCUCUGUGUCAGUACUUUAUUUCAAUGAUGACCAACAAACAUUGGAUGAAUUAUGCAAAAAUUUAAACUCGAAGUCACCAAGUCUCAAGCUUAUUGAUACUGUUAGGGCCAAAAAGCCAAUAAUAAUUGAAGAUAAAACUUUGCCGAAACCUCGUGUUUUAAAGUUCUCUAAGAAAGAGUACACAAAUGGUUUGUAAUUUUAGAGUUAUAUAAUCA